AUGCUUGAUCUUCUGUUAUGUAACUGUGCUGAGAUUGUCAAAAAUAUUUCAACAUUCUCACCUGAACAACUAAACUUCCCGACGGACCAUCACAUCAUAGAAUUUCAAAUUCAACAAACGUUCUGUCGCGCCAAACCAGUUUCGCGUAAUGUCUUCGCCUUCAACCGUGGGAACUUUGAUGAUCUUCGUAGUAAUUUAAUACAGGAACCAUUCCAGGCAGUCUUUACUGACAACAUUAAUGAAUGCUGGAUACAAUGGAAAAAUUGGUUUUUCAAUGCGGUACAUAAAUGCAUCCCAAAAAAACAGUUAAGGACACGUACUCAGCACCUUGGAUUGAUGGUGAAGUAAGAUCAUAUAUUCGAAAGAAGUACGUAGCUCUAUCGACAAUAUCGAACUGAUCAUAGAAAACGGAAACCACGCGGACUAAGCCAAACAAUAAAAUAUCUAGUGAGAAGAAAACAUCGUGAUUACCUAGAUAAAAUUAGGGACUCGUUUCGCGAUAACCCGAAAUUUGGUGUUAUCAUAAAGCCAUAUUUCAUCAUAAAUCGACUCUCAAUCCCGUCAUCUCCUACAAAGGCAAAGUGGCAAAAACGUCUGUCGAAAAAGCUGAACUCUUUAACUCAUAUUUCUCUUCCGUUUUCCAAUCUUCACGAUCUAACCAUCCUCGAAGUCAUGCCUUCGAUUCUUCUCAAUUAAAAACUGACUUACAACUUAGAGAACUAACGGUUGACGAGGAAGAAGUCUCUAACCACCUGGCCAAUCUAGAUGUGACAAAAGCAAGCGGUCCUGACGAUAUUCCUGCGCGGCUUCUGAAAGAAUGUCAUCAACAAAUUGCCCCAAGCCUGUGUGUCCUUUUCAACGCCUCUCUCAAAUCUGGUUUUAUUCCAUCGGAGUGGAAAUCGGCAAAUCUGACCCCCAUACAUAAAAAAAGACUCGAAAGAACCAGCAAAUAACUAUAGGCCAAUCUCGUUAUUGCCUAUCGUUAGCAGGAUCCUGGAACGCUGCGUUUACUCAAGAUUUUAUGAUCAUGUUGCUCACCGUAUCAGUCCAUUCCAACACGGCUUUCUCAGAAAUAGAUCAUGCGUCACCCAACUCCUGUCUGUCCUCCAGGUCAUCGGACAAGAUCUAGACAGAAACACUCAGACUGAUGUAUUGUACCUCGACUUUGUCAAGGCAUUCGACUCUGUAGAUCACACGAUCCUCCUAGCUAAGCUUCGUUGUUACGGUGUGACUGGCUCAGUUCUUGAUUGGUUUGUUAACUACCUUAAUGGUAGGACACAAAAGUCGUUGUGGAUGGUGCGACUUCAAAAAGGUCUUCUGUCGCUUCCGGUGUGCCUCAGGGAAGCAUUAUAGGACCCCUGUUGUUUGUAGUAUUCAUCAACGAUCUACCAGACAUCGUAGACCCCGAACCGGUACAGCUCUGUAUGCAGAUGACACCAAACUGCACAAAACCAUUACCUGUAAUCAAACUGCACAAAAACUGCACAAAACCAAAACCAUUACCUGAGUGUGCUUGUGCGUCUUUACAACACUCCCUAUCCAAUCUUAAUCUCUGGACUAUGGAAAACAACCUCCGCUUCAACGUCUCUAAGUGCAAAGUUCUCACCAUCACCAGAAAGAAAAAUCCUAUCAUUCAUGACUACACUCUUGGGAGCCAAAACCUGAUUCGAGUAUAUAGCGAAAAAGAUCUUGGAAUUACCACCACAUCAAAACUUUCUUGGGACAUUCACGCGAACACCAUCGUCGCGAAGGCCAACAAAAUAUUAGGCGUACUUAGAAGAACUUGUACGAAAUUGAUGGACAUGAAAGCCAGACGAACUUUAUAUUUAUCGUUGGUCAAGUCCCAGCUGUGUUAUGCUACAGAGGUAUGGUCGCCGGUUAACAGCGUCCAGAUUUCAAGACUUGUUGAAAAAGUGCAAAGAAGAGCGACUAGGUGGAUAACAAUAACAAAGCGAGGCGAACUGUCGUACAGAGAACGGUUAUUAGCAUUAGAUCUGCUACCGUUAACAUAUGAUCGAGAAGUCAGAGACUUGGUGUAUUUCUUCAAAUCAUUGUUUAGUUACAUUGACGUCAAUAUCGAUAACUAUGUGUCGUUUGUGAGUCAUGGUCGUACUAGACUGAGUCAUACGUCAAGAUUUAUUCUUCAAAGUAAACUCUGUAAAACUAACAUUUUCCAGUCUUCAUACUACAAUCGUGUUGUAAAAAUUUGGAACACAGUGUGCCAAGAAGUCUCACCUGACAUUUUCCGUAAUCCAAACUCGUUUAAACACUAUCUUAAACGUAGAUACUAUACAUUAAUCAGUAAUGUUUAUGACGUAGACAUGGCUUGUACGUGGUCAUUAACUCGUGACUGUCCUGGCCAUAGGACUUAA